AUGGUGGCGGUGCAGCUGCAACAGCCUGACAAGAUGAAUGGACUAAUCGCCUACGGUCAUCGCAGCUAUUUGAUUGAGCCUGCAUCUGAUGAGCGCUAUCAUCUCCUGAAGCCUCUGCCAGCACAAACCAAGCAUGACAAUGGUUGCCCUCUUACCAUCAGCAAGACGACUCCAAUGACUGCAAAAUGCUUUCUUUCUCUUAUCUUCUCUGCAGGCUCUAGAAAACAGUUUAUCAAGGUGGAUGAUGCUAACAGAAGCCUUUCAGAGAGAAGACGGCGGUCAGUGAUAAGAAGUAUCCAGAGAUUCAUAGAAACAACAGUAGUGAUUGACCAGUCAAUGAUGGACUUUCACGGCAAUCAGACGGUGUCCUACGUCAUGUCCAUUAUGAACAUGGUUCAUAAACUAUUCAGAGAUCAGUCAAUUGGUCACGCUAUUGACAUUGUGGUCAGUCAGAUCGACAUUCUAAAUAAAACAAACCUCAUGAAUCUUACUGGAGAAGCAAACAAAGAUCUUAAUACUUUCUGUCAAUGGAAACACCAAAAAGGAAAUGGGAGGCACACAGGGGAAGAUCUGUCCAUUCUCCUCACCAGAAAUGAUCUUUGUGUUCCUAACCACGAGACUUCAUGUCAGGAAACUUGGGGCCUUGCUUACGUAGGAGGAGCAUGC